GCAUAGCUGCCCUGACGCUUAUUAAGUAGUGCUUUUAAAGCCUUUGGCAUCGACCGCGCUUGACCCGCCUUUUGAGAAGCGCGUUUCUCUUAGCAACCCACCUCUUUUGCGCAGGGCAUGGCGUGAAAAGGACGCCAUGUCUGCGGCUCAGACGUCGACGAUGCUGAAGGGUGCAGGAGGACAGGAUAGCGAGCAGAAGGCGCCAGUAGCGGAGACCUUGACAUUGCGGCUUGUUCCUCGGAGAAAGAAGAAGGACGAACGCGUCCACUGGUCCAAGGACGUGCAGGAGAUCAACGAGUUCUCGGGGAAAUUCAAGUCGAAGAGUUAGGUGCAAGCCUGGCUUUCAGAGUGCUGCCAAUUCCACAAGCGGCGUGCUUUCGGAGAGUGGAGCGACGAGGAUGACAGCGACGCGGAGUGCGAGCAGUGCAGCAAGCCAGAGCAGAAGCCCGAGGAGGGCCCCAGCUGAGCAGAUUAUGGGCCCGCGGCCGGUGCCAGGAGCCUCUGCAGUCUGCAUGGAGGGUUCUUGGGGUGCCGCUACUGACGUAACCUUCAUGACAUACGAAACAGCGCUGCUGGUCGCUGUGGGCUCGCGCUCAGCAUGCGCCCUUGGGUGUCCAGUCACCCGCCGCGUUGUCAAGGUUGGAUGUUGAAUGAGCUGACAGCUUUGGAUACAGUCUGCUGCAGCUUUGUUCCGCGGGAGGUGGGCGCGCGGCGAGACGGGGCCACAUGCAGAGCGUUUAGUCGGACCUUGACGGGUUGCUAUGGAGGGCCUGACAUCUGACAUGCAAUAGGUGUUAUCUGCGUGGAAAUGUAGGCAGGCCGUGCCGGCCGGGACUUUCCGCGUACAUGCCGCGUUUGGUGACUGUGGGAUGACGGUGACUCGCCCCGAGCAAUAUGUGCAAUGUCAGAUAGGGGUCAGGCGCUGGGAACGCGCCGGGGAGCGAGACGUUGACGUCGACUAGUUGUCCGACUGCAGGCUGAGUCGUGUGAGCUUGGGCAGGGUCAAAGGCCGUGUGGGGCGUGUAUUAUGAUAGCCCUAAUCUUCGGGGAGCUGCCACGCGAAGGCUUGAAGCGACGAUGUUAAUUUCGCUGUUUUUCGCGCAGUCCCUGGCUUGAGGGUUAUGGUGGGAGCCAGGGCAAACAUGCGGCCAGCAUCCAAAGCAACUGGUCGCGCCAACUUGUAGUGCAAGUGCCGGGA